CGCUGCACGCAACGAACGUUUUAGGAGCCGAUUUCCCGGAAGCAGAGAGUAGCUAAUUCUGCACGUAGCCUCGCAAUGGUACCCGGGGACCUGGCAGCGCGAAGACCCCACAGUCCCCAAGCGGACCGCUGCGGGAGUUGGCCCAGGCUCCGUGCACGCGCACUUUCCGAACCAUCCCGCUCCUACUUCCGGUCCUGCGCCCAUGUUGGGGCACUUGCGCAUGCGCCCCGACACAUCCCGGGUAGGAGGUGGGGCCUGCCAGUUUGAGCUGAGUCUAGCUGCCUGGGCGAUGAGGUCAUUCCUGGAGGCAAAGCGGGUGUGUCCCCGCCCCUCGGCGUUCCUCCUCCAAUGAGACAAGAGCUAGAUCCUGGCUGUCUACGUUUCAGUCCUAACGGUUGCGGCGCGGCGCAGGCUUCAGCGCACGCGCACACUGACACACGCGUACACGCACACACACGCACGGGACUGGGGCGCCGGGCUGGCGCUGCGAUGGGUGAGGCGGAGACGCCUUCUUUCGAGAUGACCUGGAGCAGCACAACAAGCAGUGGCUACUGUAGCCAAGAGGACUCGGACUCGGAGCUCGAGCAGUACUUCACGGCGCGUACCUCGCUGGCGCGCAGGCCGCGCCGGGACCAGGACGAGCCUGUGGAGUGGGAGACACCUGACCUUUCCCAGGCUGAGAUUGAGCAGAAGAUCAAGGAGUACAAUGGCCAGAUCAACAGCAACCUCUUCAUGAGCCUGAACAAGGAUGGCUCCUACACAGGCUUCAUCAAGGUUCAGCUGAAGCUGGUACGCCCUGUCUCGGUGCCCUCCAGCAAGAAGCCACCCUCCUUGCAGGAUGCCCGGCGGGGCCCAGGGCGGGGCACAACUGUGAGGCGCCGCACCUCCUUUUACCUGCCCAAGGAUGCUGUCAAGCACCUGCAUGUGCUGUCACGAACACGGGCACGUGAGGUCAUUGAGGCCCUGCUGCGCAAGUUCUUGGUGGUAGAUGACCCCCGCAAGUUUGCACUCUUUGAGCGGGCUGAGCGUCACGGCCAAGUGUACUUACGGAAACUGUCAGAUGAUGAGCAACCCCUGCGCCUGCGGCUCCUUGCAGGGCCCAGUGAGAAGGCCCUGAGCUUCGUCCUGAAGGAAAAUGACUCUGGGGAUGUGAAUUGGGACGCCUUCAGCAUGCCUGAAUUACACAACUUCCUGCGUAUCCUACAGCGGGAGGAGGAGGAGCACCUCCGCCAGAUCCUGCAAAAGUACUCCUAUUGCCGCCAGAAGAUCCAAGAGGCUCUGCAUGCAUGUCCCCUGGGGUGACCUCUUGUACCCCUAGGUGGAAGGAGGAGAGUAGGCAUCGCCAAAAGCGUGCCGUAUGAGUGUGACAGGGCCCAUGGGGCCUGAGGAAUGAGUGUGCGUGGAGGCCCUCCUCUGCUGGGGAACAAGUCCAGAGAACAUCGAAGGAGCUGGCCCCCUGUGUCCACCAGUGGGUGUAGCAGAACAUGGCUCUGCCCCCCUCUGCCUCUCAUGUACUGGGUCAUGGUGGGCUCGGGCUGCCCUGGGAAGCUGCUGCAGGCUUGCAGCAGGGGUGGAGCAGCCAGAAGUCUCCUUAAUUUAUGUUCUCAGAUGUGAGAAUCUUGGAGACCCUACAAACAGAAGUGUAGUGUUUGCAGGGGUGAGGGUCCACAUCUAUGGGGAAAGAAAGGUAUGUUUUGGGUCUGGGGUGGGGUCUCAGGGUAGCCCUAUCAGAGCCAAGGGUGGGUGCUCAGAAUAAGGCAGGCAUCAAGGAAGAGUCUUGGUUUCCCUUUACAGUGCCCCCCCCCGCCCCCCGACUCCUCAUGACCCUGAGGUCAGUGAGUGCUAGCUCACAGUGCAGCAACAGUGCCUCAAUGCCUCCUGCAAGGAGGAUGUCCCUGGGCCAGGGUCUGUGUGAGUGUAGGUACUGGUCCAGGUCAGUCAAAGCCAGGGUCCCUCCCUUGGAUAUUUUUCAUGGUGUGUGCGAAUGUUACGUAAUGUUUCGUGGCCUUAGCCGAAUGCCUCCUGUGGGGAAAAGGGUGGGGGUACAGUUAUCAUCAGGGCCUGGGGCCUGAGAAAAUUGGCUGAAUAAAGAUUUAAUAAUC